GGGGAGGGCGGGAGGGGGUGGGUGAACCGGAUCGGGAACGCCGGGCCGAGCGGAAAGGUUGAGGGUCAGGAAAAGGGUUAAAACAAACUCAAAACCCAAGAUAAAGAAUAAAAUAAUAUAUAUAUAUAAAACAAACAACACGGACUCACGGCCGCGAAGAGGUCAAAGGCCGGAGGUGAGGAGGAGCCGCUUCCCCGUCGGUGAGCUGGAUACAGUGCCUUUGCUGAAGUGUUGCACAUGCUGGAAUUGCCUGACCUCCUGAUGUAUUCCGGGAUGGCAACAAGGUGACGACAGUUGAGGAUGACCCUGACUGAAAAACUGCGCGAGAGGAUAUCGCGGGCGUUCUACAACCACGGGCUGCUGUGUGCUUCCUACCCCAUUCCCAUCAUCCUCUUCACUGGCCUCUGUAUUCUGGCCUGCUGUUACCCGCUGCUGAAGCUGCCGCUGCCUGGAACAGGACCUGUGGAGUACAGCACCCUCGUAAAGGAUUACUCUCCACCCUCUCCAGACGCAGGUCUGCAGCAAGGGGAUCUCAGCGAGCGUCCCGACUGGUAUGUUGGUGCUCCUGUGGCCUACAUUCAGCAGAUCUUUGUGAAAGCUACCGUCUCCCCAUGGCAGAAGAACUUCCUUGCUGUUGAUGUAUUUCGUGCACCCCUUUCCCGCGUCUUCCAGCUAGUGGAGGAGAUCAGAAACCAUGCCCUGAGAGACAGUUCUGGUGUCCAGAGCUUGGAGGAAGUUUGCCUUCAGGUAACAGAUCUUCUGCCUGGCCUCAAGAAGCUGCGGAAUCUGCUCCCAGAACACGGCUGUCUGUUACUGUCUCCAGGGAACUUCUGGCAGAAUGACCGAGAGCGAUUCAAUGCUGACCCAGAUAUCAUCAAAACCAUCUACCAGCAUGAACCAAAGACAUUACAGACAUCAGCUACUCUCAAAGAUCUGCUGUUUGGACUCCCUGGGAAGUACAGCGGGGUGAACCUCUAUAACAGGAAGCGAGUGGUAUCGUACACGGUCACACUGGGUCUCCAGCGAUAUGAUUCUAGGUUCCUCAGCAGCCUCCGCUCUCGCCUCAAGCUGCUGCACCCCAGCCCGAACUGCACGCUGCGAGAGGAGAACAUCGUUCACGUCCACUUCAAGGAAGAGAUCGGCAUUGCUGAGCUGAUACCCCUCGUCACCACCUACAUUAUUCUCUUCGCUUACAUCUACUUCUCCACACGGAAGAUUGACAUGGUGAAAUCGAAAUGGGGUCUGGCGCUGGCAGCGGUCGUGACGGUGCUCAGCUCCCUGCUCAUGUCUGUUGGGCUGUGCACGCUCUUCGGUUUGACGCCUACUCUUAAUGGAGGAGAAAUAUUUCCAUACUUGGUUGUAGUGAUUGGCCUAGAGAAUGUGUUGGUUCUCACCAAGUCGGUCGUCUCUACGCCUGUUGACCUGGAAGUGAAGCUACGCAUUGCCCAAGGUUUGAGCAACGAGAGCUGGUCGAUUAUGAAGAAUGUGGCGACAGAGCUUGGCAUCAUCUUGAUCGGGUACUUCACGCUUGUCCCAGCCAUCCAGGAGUUCUGCCUCUUUGCUGUGGUCGGCCUGGUGUCUGACUUCUUCCUGCAGAUGUGUUUCUUCACUACUGUGCUGUCCAUUGACAUUCGCCGUAUGGAGCUCGCUGAUCUGAACAAACGCUUGCCAGCAGAAGCCUGCAUGCCCCCAGCGAAGCCUGUCAGCCGCUCUCAGCGCUACGAACGCCAGCCAGCCAUGCGACCUGUUACCCCCCACACCAUCACCCUGCAGCCGUCGUCUUUCAGGAAUCUGCGCCUGCCAAAGAGGCUGCGGGUGAUUUACUUCUUUGCCAGGACCCGGCUGGCCCAGAGACUCAUCAUGGCCGGGACAGUGAUCUGGAUUGGAAUCCUGGUUUACACGGAUCCUGCUGGUCUCCGCACUUACCUCACGUCACAGGUCACUGAACAGAGUCCUUUGGGCGAAGCAGGUCUGCCUCCUAUGCCUGUUCCUGGAGGGGUCCUACCUGCUGGGGACCCCAAGAUCGAUCUCUCCGUCUUCCCAUCGGACCCUAUACAGCUGUCAGAGAACCAGACUCAGCAGCGUGAGCAGAAGUCGGGGCUGGAGUCCCUGAGCAGGCUGGAGACAAACCAGCACACUUGGGCCCACGGACCAGAGGGCAAAGGGAAUGGACAGGUGGAGAUUGGAGCUGAAGGAGAGGUUACCUGGGGAGCAGAGGAUGAGGAGAUUUGGAGGAAGCUUUCCUUCAGACACUGGCCAUCCCUCUUCAGCUACUACAAUAUCACUCUGGCCAAAAGAUACAUCAGCAUCCUUCCAGCAAUCCCUGUCACGCUGUACCUGAACCCACAAGAGGCCUUAGAAGUGCGGCAUCCCCAGGAGGCUAACCGCUACCACCCCUUCUUAUCUUCAAGCAGUGGGAAGCUGGAUGCUGAAGCUCAGCCUGACCAAGCCUCACCCAAGCUGCAAGGGCACCAGGAUGUCACCCUUUACAAGGUGGCUGCUCUGGGUCUGGCCUCAGGCAUUAUCCUGGUCCUCCUGCUCUUCUGCCUGUACAGGGUGUUCUGCCCCAAGAACUACGGGCAGAAUGGGCUCUCUCACAGCAGGAGGAAGAGGGGGGACCUGCCCUGUGACGAUUACGGCUACUCCCCGCCCGAGACUGAGAUUGUCCCCUUGGUUCUCAGGGGCCACCUCAUGGACAUCGAAUGUCUGGCUAGUGAUGGCAUGCUCCUUGUCAGCUGCUGCCUGGUGGGCCAGAUCCGUGUGUGGGAUGCUCAGACUGGCGACUGCCUCACCGUUAUUCCCAAACCGAGGUUGCGAAGGGACAGCAGUGGCAUCUUCGAUUACCAGGAAAGCUGGGAUCAUAGUCCAGAUGGCAAGAAUGGUCUGGACGACUCUUUUGAGAACAGCCACCAGCUCAAGAGGAUGAUCAGCCCUCCCCAGCCUCCGCUUUUCUGUGACCAGCCAGACCUCACGUCCCUCAUUGACACAAACUUCUCAGAGCAGGUGAAGGUGGCCGAGUCAGAGACGCGGCUCCGUGCCGUGGGCAGUCGCCAGAAGGAGGCUGGGUACGACUUCAGCAGCCUGGUUGGUAAAGUGUACGAAGAGCACAGCACCUCCAACUGCAUGAACUUCACCGGCCUCUCAGCCCCGCACGGACAGGCUGCCUUCUGCGUGGGGAGCGGCAGUCCCCGCUCCCUGGGCUGCGGGACUGAGGAGGGGGGCUGCAGCAGCCGCAGGAGGAGCCUGGGGGACGAGUCUUUUAUGGGAUUUGACAAAUCAUCACCACUUCCUUCCUGGGGGGAAAACUUGGAGAGCUCUGUCUGGAGUCUGGACCUGCAAGGGAACCUGAUUGUGGCUGGCCGGAGCAAUGGGAAGCUGGAGGUUUGGGAUGCUAUCGAGGGGACCCUCCGCAGCAGUAACGAUGAAGGUCAAUCUGGCAUCACAGCGCUCGUCUUUCUGAACAACAGGAUCGUUGCCGCCCGCUUGAAUGGAUCGUUAGAUUUCUUUUCGCUAGAGACACACACGUCCUUGAACCACCUGCAGUUCCGAGGAGCCCCAAGCAGAAGCAGCAUCCCAUCGUCCCCCGUGUUCAGCAGCAGCGACAUCAUCCUGUGCCAGCUCACCCACACCGUGUCCUGCGCGCACCAGAAGCCCAUCACGGCGCUGAAGGCUGCGGCCGGACGGCUGGUCACUGGGAGCCAGGACCACACUCUGAGAGUGUUUCGGCUAGAAGACUCGUGCUGUUUGUUCACGCUGCAGGGUCACUCAGGAGCAAUCACGGCUGUGUACAUCGAUCAGACGAUGGUGCUAGCGAGCGGAGGCCAGGACGGUGCCAUCUGCCUUUGGGACGUGCUGACGGGGAGCAAGGUCAGCCACAUGUACGCCCACCGAGGGGAUGUCACGUCCCUCACCUGCACGACGUCCUGCGUCAUCAGCAGCGGCUUGGACGACGUCAUCAGCAUCUGGGACCGCAGCUCGGGGAUCAAGCUCUAUUCGAUCCAGCAGGAGAUGGGCUGCGGCGCCAGCCUGGGCGUGAUCUCCGACAACCUGCUGGUGACAGGAGGCCAGGGCUGCGUCUCCUUCUGGGACAUCGGCUACGGCGACCUGCUCCAGACCGUCUACCUGGGGAAGAGCAACGAGUCGCAGCCCGCGCGGCAGAUCCUCGUCCUGGAGAACGCCGCCAUCGUCUGCAACUUCGGGAGCGAGCUCAGCCUGGUCUACGUGCCCUCGGUGCUGGAGAAAUUGGACUGAGGAGGAGGAGGGGCAGGUGCUGGAGCCGGGGUGGAGCGAGGCAGGUGGGACAGGGUGCCCCGGGCCCCUUCUGUAGUUGAGGGCAGCGUAGGCAGGCGCGGGAUGGGCUCCGAGCAGCGCCGUGCUGAGGGGACGGGGACACUGGCUCCAUCGCUCUGUCCGUGCCUCUGUCGCCUUCCCUCCUCGUAAACUGGACUCUUGUCACCCAGCGGUGUGCGGGGCCUGAGCCCUCCUCCGCUCCCCGGUUCCUGCAUCGUCCGUGUGGUCACGGGGCCUCCCCCGAGGGCGUGGGUGCUCCUGGGCCUGUGCUCCAGCGCACUGCUGGGGACAGGAUGGGAGCUGGGGCCGGCGUGCGGUGGCUUCCCAGGGCUGGGGGAGGGUUGGUGCCUGUUGCCUGUCCAUGAGCUAAGCUGGGCCCAGCCCUGGCUCAGCAAGUUCCAGCUUGCUCGUAGCCCUCAGGACAGUGGGGUGGGAGCGGGGCCCAUGAGAACAGCCCUGGAGCGGAGCAGCCGGGCGCUGCCAGCCCUCAGCGAGCCCCUGGCCCCCCAAGCGCCGCCGUCACCACCGGGGAGGGCCGGGGCUGACCCCGCAGGGGCACUGGGCUUGGCCUCCACGUGCCUUAGAGUGCGGGCCGGGCCCCGACGUGCCUGGCUCCGGGCUGGCCCUGCUCCUCGCGGGCUCCAGGCCACAGCAGUCCCUGCCCUAUUUAUUUAUACGCUGUAUAUAUUUAUUUAUUAUGGCAGGAGAGCGUGGGAUUAGCAGCCCGGCAGCGCCCACCAAGCCGCCGUGGCAGAGCCACGCUGGGGCUCAGGACCCGCUCCCCACGUGCGCGGCCGCCCUUCCCGCCUUUCUCCUUUGCCCGGUUGGCAGCAACAGCACCUUCCUCCUCCUCCGCCUCCUCCCACUGCAGGGCCUUUCCUCUGGCUGGGAGUGGGCAGGCAGCCCCUGCCCUCGUCCUCCCUGCAGGAACUAGGGAGAAACCCCCUCGGGGGAGGGGGAGACAGCCCGACCGACGCGGGGGGGCAGGAGGUGCUGGGGGAGCCGCAGCGGGACCAAAGCGCCCUGCGUGGGCUGGCAGCACCCACCAAGUACGGGGCUUCUCCCGCUGGGCCUCUUCCACCACGCACAGGGCCAGGGGGCUCGGGUCCCCUCCCCAAUUGCACUGCCGGCCCCAGCAGCGAGGGGCUGCAGGGGCACACGAGCCCCCAGCCCUUCCUCCAACGCUCCCUUCCCUCAAGUAAACGCCGAUGACGUCUGUUAAUCAAAUCUUGGUGAUUGUAGAGGCAGCGUCGUGCCGGCCCCGCGAGCAGAGGGACCGAGGGCUGGGGGCUCCCAGGGACCCCUGCCCACCCCUCCCCUCCGCACGGCACCGCGGGUGGCCUUAGCCCUGCUGUACGCUUUGUACAGGGCGGGGGGAAAAAAUGCUUUUUGUACCAGAUCGUGUUUUAUAACGUGUACCACGACACCGCCAUUAAACCAGAACUAACCCGA